AACGACGACCAAAUUUUUGAGGGGUUCAGAUGUUUCAGGACCACUCACACUACCGACACAACAAAGUCGCGUGCCAGUAGAAGCCGCAUCUUUACCGUCCCCGACUCUCGUCGACGAUUAUACUUGGGGGCCUAGCCAAGGUAUCCCGCCAUGGCGUACAAAUUGUUACUGCCGCCGGGGACCAGAUCAUGGUGUCUGCCGAGCCGGCGGCACAUGCUACACCAUGCCCACGCGCGAUUCCGCUUUGCCAGCACGACCGCCUCCGCCUCUCGCUCGCCGCAGACCUUGACGGAAAAGAUCGUGCAGCGCUAUGCCGUCGGCCUCCCCGAGGGGAAGCGCGUCCGGAGCGGCGACUACAUCAGGAUAGAACCGCACUAUUGCAUGACGCACGACAACUCGUGGCCCGUCGCGACCAAGUUCAUGUCCUUGGGAGCGACCAAGGUCAACCGGCCCCAGCAAUUGGUCAUGGCCCUCGACCACGACGUCCAGAAUACCAGCCCAGCGAAUCUCAAGAAGUACCAGCAGAUCCAGGCCUUUGCCGCCCAGCACGGCGUCGACUUCUAUCCCGCCGGACGCGGUAUCGGGCACCAGAUCAUGGUGGAGGAAGGAUAUGCGUGGCCGGGUACCCUGGCGGUGGCCUCGGAUAGCCACAGUACCCAUUACGGCGGCGUUGGCUGCCUCGGCACUCCCGUCGUGCGGACCGACGCCGCCAGCAUCUGGGCGACGUCGCAGACUUGGUGGCGCCUGCCGCCCGUUGCGCGGGUAACAUUUACGGGCACCCUGCCGGCCGGCGUAACGCCCAAGGACGUGAUCGUCGCCCUGUGCGGCCUGUUCAAGGACGACGUGCUCAAUCACGCCGUCGAGUUCACCGGCUCCGAGGAGACCAUGGCAAGCCUGCCGGUGGACGGCCGGCUUACCAUCGCAAACAUGUCGUGUGAAUGGGGCGCGCUGACCGGCCUGUUCCCUAUCGACCGGACCCUGGAGCGCUGGUUACGACAGAAGGCGGCCGAGGCGUCGGCGCUCAACAAGGGGGCGACGCAGCAACGCUUCACGCAGGAGCGGAUAGACGAGCUCUUUGCCAACCCCCUUAGGGCAGACCCGGAUGCGGUAUAUGCCAAACAGCUAUAUCUCAACCUCUCCACCCUGUCGCCUUACGUAUCGGGCCCCAAUUCAGUCAAGGUCAUCACGCCGCUGGCCGAGCUCGCGCGGCAGAACAUCAAGGUCGACCGAGCAUAUGUCGUCUCGUGCACCAACUCGCGCGCUUCGGACCUCGCGGCCGCCGCCAAGGUCUUCAGGGACGCCGCCAAGGCGAACCCCGGCACUCCUCCCAAGAUUGCCCCGGGCGUCCGGUUCUACAUCGCAGCGGCCUCGGCGCCCGAGCAGCAGACGGCCGAAGCUGCCGGCGACUGGCAGACCCUGCUCGACGCCGGCGCGCAGCCGCUGCCUGCUGGGUGCGGGCCGUGCAUUGGCCUGGGGGCCGGUCUGCUCGAACCCGGCGAGGUCGGCAUCAGCGCUAGCAACCGCAACUUCAAGGGACGGAUGGGCUCGCGAGAUGCCCACGCGUACCUUGCGAGCCCCGAAGUCGUGGCGGCCAGCGCGCUCCGCGGCACGAUCGCGGGGCCGGACGUUUACCAGGUGCCAGCGGACUGGUCCGGCGUCGAUCACGGCUACGGCGUCGGUGCUGAACCUACCGUCGAGGAUAAGCUGGCCAACAUCGUCCAGCAGCUAGACUCUCUGGUUGAGCGGGUGGAGUCUGCCGUGGCCGAGUCGGACAAGACGCAGACCGAGAUCCUGCCCGGUUUCCCCGAGAAGAUCACUGGAGAGAUCUUGUGGUUGGACGCGGACAACCUGAGUACCGAUGGGAUCUAUCCGGGAACAUUGACCUACCGCGACGACGUGACCAAGGACGAGAUGGCGCGAGCCUGCAUGCAGAACUACGACCCGGACUUCGGCGCCGUCGCCCGGCCCGGCGACAUCCUCGUGUCGGGCUUCAACUUCGGCACCGGCUCGUCGCGCGAGCAGGCCGCUACCGCCAUCCUGGCCAAGCAGAUCCCCCUCGUCGUCGCCGGCAGCUUCGGCAACAUCUUCGCCCGCAACGCCAUCAACAACGCCCUGCCCAACCUCGAGGUGCCCCGCCUCGUCGAGCGCCUGCGCGCCCACUUCUCUUCCUCCUCUUCCUCCUCUUCGUCCGCCGGCGCCGCCGGCGCCCCCGGAGAACAAGAAGAGAAGAAGAAGUCAGCGGCAGAGAAGAAGCCGGCGGCCGUGCUGACCCGCCGCACCGGCUGGACGCUGACCUGGGACGUGCGGCGCAGCGUCGUCGAGGUGCGCGAGGGCGACGGCCCCAAGGCCGCCGUCUGGUCCGAGAAGGUCGGCGAGCUGCCCGCCCCCGUGCAGGCCAUCAUCGCCGCUGGCGGGCUCGAGGCCUGGACCAAGGCUGAGGUUGCCCGGUCUGCUGGGGGUAGUGCGUGAGUAAGUGAGGGAGUGAGGGAGUGAGGGAGUGAGGGAGUGAGGGAGUAAGAGGCGCAGAUGGUCCUUGCGUUUGUUGUUGUUUCUAGAGCGCAGCGUAGCGCAGCGGAUGUUGGAUAGGAGGGAGCGUUUCGGCGGGUUUGUGGAUGCUGGUUGGGCUGGGCUGGUUAUCAACGUGGCCUGGCCUAGGUGUUGGGUAGCGGCGGUUUUAAAACCUGUCGAGGAUGUACAUACCAUAUAA